GUUAACACCGAUAUUUAUGAAGAGAGACGAUGGUAUAUCGUUUAAACAAAUGAAGACUGUGGAAAUAACUCAAAUAAUUCAGGAACUAGAAUCGGAACUAGGUUUAUUCGACAAAGGAGGUGUGACUUUAGCUACAGGAGGAGACCUAUUCAUAAGGCCAAUCACAAAAGAACAACAGAUGAAGCUUUUAAAGGUAAAUCAUGUCCUAAACGAUACAGUAAUGGUUACCUGCACACAGCCAAGAUCGGCAAACAACUCUCGGGUCACCAUCCACCAAGUCCCUACAGGAGAUACAGACGACGAAAUCUAUCUAACCCUCAAACAACAGGGCUACAAAGUCAACUCGGUAUACCGAUUCAAGAUAGAUAGAGGCUCAGGAAAAAUACCUACAACCACGGUUGCUAUUGAAUUCGAAGGCUGCGCUCCAAAGGAAAUUCUUCUAAAUGGAAUUUCAUUUUCACCGAGACCCUACAUCCCAGGCCCACCAAGAUGUACAAAAAAAUGCCAACGGCUAGGUCACACCAGCAACAAUUGUAGAGACGAAGUAAGAUGCAACAAUUGCGGUGGUAAACACGAGGAUAUGCCUAACUGUACAGCGCCAGCUCGUUGCAUAAACUGCGAAGGUAAUCACCCAGCAAGUUCGUCAAGCUGCCCCAAGUUCCUGCGAAUGAAAAUAGCAAUCAGAACAAAGCCUUCAGAGAUAUCAGAAAAGGGUACAACUCACCACUCACAUCAAUCAAGCAACCUAACCUACAGCCAGGCACUGCGUGGAAAUGCCAGUUCAUCAGCAAUCGACCCUGAAACAGAAAUCAUAAAUGGAAAGAUUGAAGCGAUACAAACAGAACUGAAGCAAAUCAGAGCUGAGCUCUGCAAAGUCAAAGCACUGGAGGGAAAAGUGGCAAGCAUGGACUUAACAGUUCGAAAAGUCGAAAGCUCACUUAACACCCUAGAAACCGGACAACUGGCCUCCAACCUGAAACUAGACAAAAUAUGCCUCCUAUUAACAAAACUUCUCCCAAACUUGGACGAAGAAGAGAUGGAUAUAGAACAGCCGGUAGAAAAACCCUCGAAAGGUACUUCAAAUGUAGGAUCCGGAUUGAAAACACCUUCCACUAUGACUAGACUAGCCCCAACUAAGAACCAAAAUAAUGAAGGCCUAGAU